UUUUUUUUUUACAUAUAGAGCGUGAGUAAAAAUUAAAAUUCAUCACAUAAAAAAUUCAAGACCUCGGAAAAGUCGUAAAAAGUAAUUUUUCAAAUAAGCCGGAAGUCGCCGCAAGAGUUGCUGAUGCUCAAAAACGAGCCCAAUGCGCGCGAGCAACGAGCAGAGCGCAGAAAAAAUAAAGAAGAAGAAGCGCGUGUGGCGACGCCUCGCGGUGUGCGCGUUGCGAGUGCUCCGUAGCUCGGCGUGAGAGCUCUCUUUCAAAAGCGCCAAGAUGUCGAAGAGAGGACGUGGUGGAUCGGCGGGAGCCAAGUUCCGCAUAUCGCUGGGUUUGCCGGUUGGAGCCGUGAUCAACUGCGCCGACAACACCGGUGCUAAGAACCUGUAUGUCAUCGCCGUACAGGGAAUCAAAGGUCGCCUGAACCGUCUUCCAGCAGCCGGAUCAGGUGACAUGAUUGUUGCUACAGUCAAGAAGGGAAAGCCUGAACUCAGGAAAAAGGUUAUGCCGGCGGUGGUUAUUCGGCAGCGGAAACCGUUCCGCAGGAAGGACGGGGUGUUUAUAUACUUUGAAGACAAUGCAGGGGUCAUUGUCAACAAUAAGGGUGAAAUGAAAGGUUCUGCUAUCACAGGUCCAGUUGCAAAAGAAUGUGCAGAUUUAUGGCCCAGAAUUGCAUCUAAUGCUAGCAGUAUCGCUUAAAUUACCGUGUAUAAAUAUUUUACCCUUAAUAAAACAAAUCUGGGUUUGUACCCAGUACUUUUUUUGUAUUUCAUCUUCAA